AUCACGACUUGUCGUGGACCGUCGACCAUCGACGCGAUGCACAGCGUGUUGAGUCCGCUGGGCAGCGCGGCUUCUCACCACUCCCAUUUCUCAUCUUUAGAAGAUGAUCGCGCCUCGGUUUCCAAUCUCCUCACCCGUGCCAGUUCAUAUCCAUGUUCUGCCGCCACCCCCGCCUUCGCUCGUCUCGCUCACCAGACAUCGACAUUUCAGCUUGCCUUGGACGCCCUACUUCCUAUUUUGGAUCCGCCUACUCCAGCUGAGCUAAGCUCUCGGAUUCUGGUUUCUUUCAUCCUGUUCUCUCUUUACUCUCCUCAUCCGAUCGGGAUGAACCCCUUCAAAUCUGUCCUCUUUAUUACUUUUGUGAAGGAACGUGAAUUAGCUCUUACCGUUGCCAACUCCAGUGGCGGUAUCGCACCGAACGAGCCUCUCGUCUGGGUGUUGUGGAAGAUCUUGAAAGGUGACGGAGAAGAUAUCGGGCCCUACUCACCAAGCGCGCUCUCGCGUUCCCUGUUACCACCCAAUUUUAGAGCAAAGAAACUAAUUCUCGACGACUCACUGUAUCAUAAAUUUCACGAUCUAGAUGACGACCUUGUCUCUCCUGACCCCAUUAUCCAGUACGAGGCAAUCACGGCCACGGAGCGCGUCGUUUCAGCAGACGAGGAUACAUAUGCUGAAGCCAUCGCGCAUGCACUGAGGUUAUUGCUUGCUGCCCGCUCCCGUGUCCUGUCUCUUUCGGAGCAGCGUCAUCUGGCACCCUUGUUCCCAGCCCUAGCUGCGGCUGCCCCCCGUUUGCUUGUACCCAAUGCAGAUUUGACACCGCUGAUCGCAACCAACCCUGAAUUGGCUGCCGGGCUCAUUUCUGCGAUACUCGCCAAUGGCGAUCCUGUCGAGAGCAGACACUCUGGGUUGACCACUGCAUCAAUCCUUUCAGAACUUGCCUCCCUUCCACCGAUGCUCCCAUCUUUUGACGUCAUGGGUCGUCUUUUGCGAGAUGAAACAGUCACUCAGGCCUCGGUUCUGCCAUCUCGCUCUGAAGAAUCGCUCACCGUAGGCGCUCUGAUCCGCAUGGAGGUCCUCGGAAGGUUCCUCGCUGGAUGUAUGGAAUGGAUUGACCGGGGCGAUCGUGAGCAACGAGAAGGAUCCAUCAGCGACGAUCGGGUCGCUCAAGCUACUGGCCAUCUUUGCCGAUUUUACUCGGCUUUGUUGAAGCGCGGUCUCGUUAGUGCUGGGGAUGAUGCUGAUAGCGCUGCUAUGGCUCAUUUCAGUCUGAAAUAUGCCAGAUAUGAGGAGGCCUGUGCCAUCUAUGCUAUCUUGGUCCGAAAUGGUCCAGGAUCUCCAUGACACCUUUUAUCUCUGACCGUGUCUCGUGUAACUUAGGAUCCCAUGUUCCUGUAUGAACAAUGUAUGCCCUAAUGAUAAACUCUUCGUAAAGUGAGUCA